UUAGAUCCUUGUAUAUAUAUCAUGAGAUUUGCUUAUAAACUUGAAUUUGGUGAUGAUAAAACAACUCAAGCCGUAUCUAACACAGCUAUAAGAAUCGUUAAAAGAAUGAAAAGGGAUAGUAUUCAUAGUGGCCGUAGACCAUCAGGAUUAUGUGGCGCAGCUUUAUUAAUAGCUGCGCGAUUACAUGAAUUCAACAGAUCAACUGCUGAUAUUAUAAAAAUUGUUAAGGUACACGAAUCUACCCUACGUAAAAGAUUAAUGGAAUUUGGUGAUACACCAUCCAGUGCUUUGACAUUAGAUGAAUUUAUGACAGUGGAUUUGGAAGAAGAACAAGAUCCUCCAGCAUUCAAAGCAGCACGUAAAAAAGAUAAAGAACGUUUACAAAAAUUAGAAAAUAUAGAUGCGGAAAUAAGUGAGCUGCAAGCAGAAAUUGAUAGACAGUUAGAAGAUUAUAGAAUUGGGAAAGUAAGAAAACGAAAGGAUGGUAAUUAUAUUUUUAUAUUUCAUGCAAUGUAUACAGGUCCUGAUAUAGCAUCUAUGAUGUCUGCAAAUGAUCAUUUAAAUGAAUCCAAGGAGAAAGAUAAUUAUUUUGAAAAUUCUUCUGAAGAAAUCUACACGAAUGAUAUUGAUGAUGAAGAAUUAGACAGUUAUAUUCUUUCGGAAAAAGAAUCGCAAUCUAAAUCAGCCCUUUGGAAUAAAGUAAACGCUGAUUAUCUUGUUCAACAAAAAGAAAAAGAAGAAAAACGUUUAAAAGAAAAAGAAGAAGGUAAACCUGAAAAAAAAAGAAGAAGAACAACCUCCAAAAAACAUAAAAUGCCUGCGAAUACUGCAGGCGAAGCAAUAGAAAAAAUGCUACAAGAAAAAAAGAUUUCGUCCAAGAUUAAUUACGAAGUGUUGAAAAAUUUAAACAAUCAACAACAAAACAGUCAAGACUUACCUGUCACGAAUACAUCGGAAUUAGACACAAUAAAUUUCAAGAAACCGAUAACAGUUAAUUCUACACUGAAGUCUACAGAGGUUUUGUCAACAAAAAAAUACCCUUCCAUUAAACCGAAUACCCAGCAAUUAAAAAAAUCACUGGAUAAAACAUUAGAUAAAAUAUCUAGAAAAGACGAAGAAUUUACAAAGAAAGAAAUCAAUUCAAUGGAAUUGGAUACACCUAUAGUGGAUACAUCUGAAAUUGGAUAUGAUAAUGACGAUUACCUUGAUGAGGAAGAAUCUGAUGCUACGGAAAUGUCACUUGGACAGAUGCUCGAGUCUCGUGCAACAUCUGAGAGUGAAUUUUGUGAUGAUGGUUAUGAAUAUGAAUAAAAAUCUAAAUAUUUACAUAAU